AUGCCUCUGGUGAAGAGGAACAUUGAACCUCGUCACCUGUGCCGUGGCGCUCUUCCUGAUGGGGUGACCAGCGAGCUGGAAUGUGUGACCAACAGCACCUUGGCUGCCAUCAUCAAGCAGCUGGGUAGCCUCAGCAGACAUGCUGAAGACAUAUUUGGAGAACUGUUCAAUGAAGCCAAUAGUUUCUAUAUGCGGAUGAACUCCCUGCAGGAGAGGGUGGACCUUCUGGUGAUCAAGGUCACUCAGUUGGACUCGACGGUGGAGGAAGUUUCACUGCAAGACAUCAACAUGCGGAAAGCGUUCAAGAGCUCAACUGUGCAGAACCAGCAGGUGGUCUCUCGGAACUCCAUCCCUAACCCCGUGAUGGAGAUGUACCAACGCUGUGACAAGCCGCCACCGCUCAACAUCCUCACGGCAUACAGAGACGACAAGAAAGAUGGCCUCAAAUUCUACACCGACCCUUCAUAUUUCUUCAACUUGUGGAAGGAGAAGAUGCUGCAGGCGACUGAGGACAAGAGAAAGGAGAAACGCAGGCAGAAGGAGCAGCGGUUAGUGGAAGAUUCCACCCGGGAGGUGAAGAAAGUGAGAAAAGCUCGCAACCGGCGCCUGGAGUGGAACAUGAUGGCAUAUGAUAAAGAAUUCCGUCCCGAUAACAGGUUCUCACCAUCCCCAUAUCACAUGGCCUCAUCGGAAGGAUCACUGUCCCCAGAUAAUAGAUCUUAUGCGUCAGAUGCAGCUGAUCACUCAUACCCGGCCAGUCCUAACCACCCUGCACAGCAGAUAUUAGCUCCAGCCUCACACCUGUCAACAGACAACAAAGAGAUCAUCCUGGUCGCUAACCAGGCCCAGGAACAUGUCUACAGGCCCUCAGCAGCAGGAAGCCGUCAGAACAGUCUCAACCGAGUCCAGCAGCCCCAUGUGCCGCAGCAUCCAGAGACUAUAUUGAAUGGACCAAGACCUCAGAUAGUCAAGGAGUAUGGUCCCCAGCAGAUGCCCCUGGCAGAAUACUUUGUGCCUCCUGCUCCUCCGCCCCCGCCCCCUGUGAUACCCUCUGCUCAGACUGCCUUCGACAGCCCCAUCUCAGCACCUCCCGCCAUGGCACCCAGUGCUGCAGCCUCUGUGGCUCACUCGUCAUAUGCACCUUCCCCGCCUCCGGCUCCACCCUGCCCAUAUUCUGCUUCCCCCCCUCAGACUGGCCCGAUGGGGCCCCCCGUCGCACCUCCCCCACCUCCACCUGGUCCUCCAACAGUCGCUGCCUCGCCGGCUCACUCGGCGUCACCCCCGACGGCGGCGGUUGAACCUCGGAAACCUCAGAUCCCUCUGAUACCAAUGAGCGAUGCCAGGAGCGACCUGCUUGCUGCAAUUCGCAGGGGAAUUCAACUCCGGAAAGUCCAGGAACAGUGGGAACAGGAGGCGAAGAAGGAACCGGUUGGCAAUGAUGUAGCCACUAUCCUGUCCCGCCGGAUUGCCGUGGAGUACAGCGAAUCCGACGAUGACUCGGAACUGGACGACAAUGAGUGGUCAGAUUAAGAGAGCUCAGCAUGCUGUGUUGGCGUGUACUCCCCCCCAUCCCUGCUUCUCCACAAGGAGGUGUGUAUGGCUGGGUUCCCCUGAAAGUGAAUGCUGACCACCGUCAGCACGUAGUGUGACUUAUUCAGGAGCUUUGCUUUUACACCAUGUUGCAUUGUUGAAGAAACGACGGUAGUGUUGUCAGUGGAGAGUGCGCAGUGGUGGGACAUGCUUUAAAAGCAGCAGGCAUCUGCCCAGAAUCUCGUCAGGUGUGGCUAUGACACUUUAUAAUGCUGAGAACACAAUGAGGCGGGGAUCAGUGGAGUUACUCUGGAUUUACACCAGGGUGGCAGCAGUCAGAAGCUGGUCCCAUGCAUGUGUUUUUAGAGAAACAAAACUGCAGAAACAGCACUGCUUAUUUGGCCAGAUGUUAAUUUUAUAAUGAAAAGCUCCUGAAAAAGCAUCCUGUUCCCCUAGCAAA